AUGAGUGCACUUGUUGGUUACGAGAGCAGCGACGAGGAGGAUGAGCCAGUCACGGCUCAAGACCACCCAUUAGCAGAUACCGGUCGGGCGACGUCCUUUAACAAAACUACCCUCAACGGGCAAGAGAACCAUUCCGUCCAUGAAACUACGCAAAAAUCACCGGCGCCAGGGAAGCCAACGUUCGAGAGCUCCCAGUCCAUCGACGGGCCGAUCGUUGGACCUACUAUGCCCGAACAGGUGGGCGACGACAUUGACGGAGAAUCGACGUUACAGGUUCAGCAAACAAUGUCAGAGCGUGAUGCAAUCCGGUUCCUCACGCAGACUUUAAACCCUAUGACAUCCAUGCCGCCUUCUCCUCCAGGGUCGCCGAACCAAGCUACUAAUGCAAGAUUCAAGCGCUUUCUCGAUCUGAAGGCACAAGGCGUGCAUUUUAAUGACGACCUCUCCAGAAAAUCCUCAUUCCGAAACCCCAGUUUCCUGUCCACGAUGAUGGGCAGGGUAGGACUAGGCGACACGGAUCAAUACAGAACAUCUUUACCUCGGGAGCUCUGGGAUCCCUUGUCCUUCCCUCCUUCGGCCUAUAAGGAAGAGCUUCUGCGAAGUCAGCAGACUCUAAAAGAGCAAGAACUCGCUUCGAAGAAGAGUCUGGCAGCGUCGGGCAAGAGAACGAUCGAGUUCACAUCUGCAGGAAGCUCCAGGGCCAACAGCAGGGACUCGACGCCCGGGGUGCCCAAUAAACGGAAACGUCCCUGA